AUGCUGCCGCUCACGGACUGGGUCCUGGAGCUGCUGAGCAUGGAGCAGACCCCCUUCCGUGCCUACACCGUCUCUGCCCUGCUCCUUGCCCUGCUGGCCCUGCUCUUCCGCACCCUCCUGCAGCUCGGGAGCUCCUGGCACCGCUACUAUGUGAACUGCCAGCGGCUGCGCUGCUUCCCGGAGCCCCCGCGUCGCAACUGGCUGCUGGGGCACUUGGGGAUGUUCAUACCUGGUGAGGAGGGGCUGAGCUUGGUGUCCCAAACAGUGGCUACGUUCUCCCAGGCCUUUGUGACAUGGAUGGGGCCCUUCCUACCAGUCCUGUGCCUGGUGCACCCUGAUUACCUCAAGCCGAUCACAACAGCCUCAGCUGCCAUCGCUCCCAAGGACUACGUGUCCUACAGCUUCCUGAAGCCCUGGCUGGGGGACGGUUUGCUGCUGAGCAAUGGUGCGAAAUGGGUGCGGCACCGGCGCAUGCUGACGCCAGCCUUCCACUUCGACAUCCUGAAGCCCUACAUGAAGAUCUUCAACCAGAGCACUGACAUCAUGCAUGCCAAUUGGCGCCAGCUGGUGGCGUCAGGCUCCACCUCCCUGGACAUGUUUGGACAGGUCAGCCUCAUGACCCUGGACAGUCUGCAGAAAUGCAUCUUCAGCUACAACAGCAACUGCCAGGAGAUGCCCAGUGACUACAUCGUGGCCAUCCUGGAGCUCAGUUCCCUGGUGGUGCGACGCCAGCACCGCCUGCUCCUGCACUGGGACUUCCUGUACUACCUGACGCAUGAUGGGCGGCGCUUCCGGCGCGCCUGCGACACCGUGCACCGCUUCACAGCCGACGUGGUGCAGCGGCGCCACCAGGCCCUGAGCCGCCUGGGCAGGGAGGCCUGGCUCAAAUCCAAGCAGGGCAAGACGGUGGACUUCAUUGACAUCCUGCUCCUGGCCAAGGAUGAGGACGGCCAGGACCUGUCAGAUGAGGACAUCGCAGCUGAGGCUGACACCUUCAUGUUUGAGGGCCACGACACCACAGCCAGCGGCCUCUCCUGGGUGCUGUAUAACCUGGCCUGUCACCCCGAGUACCAGGAGCGCUGCCGGGAGGAGAUCAAGGACUUAAUGCGGGACAAGGAGUCGGAGGAGAUUGAAUGGGAGGACCUGUCCCAGAUGCCCUUCUCCACCAUGUGCAUCAAGGAGAGUCUGCGCCUGCACCCGCCUGUCCCAGCUGUGUCCCGGCGCUGCACUGAGGACAUCAAACUACCCGAUGGAUGUGUCCUACCCAAAGGGAACAUCUGUCUGAUCAGUAUCUACGGGACGCAUCACAAUCCUGCUGUCUGGCCAGAGCCCCAGGUCUAUAACCCGCACCGCUUCAACCUAGAGAACGCCAAGAACCAGCCCUCACUGGCUUUCAUGCCCUUCUCUGCUGGACCCAGGAACUGCAUCGGGCAGAACUUCGCCAUGGCAGAGAUGAAGGUGGUGCUGGCGCUGACGCUGCUGCGCUUCGCCGUGCGGCUGGAUGAGAGCAGACCUGUGCGGCGCAAGCCCGAGCUGAUCCUGCGAAGCGAGAACGGGCUGUGGCUGCACCUGGAGCCGCUGGGGCCCAGCCAUGAGAGCUGCUUAGCCCUCCCCCACCUGCCCCUGGGACUCAAGCAGGCCAUCAUCAAAGCCCUUGGUCCCAUGAUGAGCCUCCUGCUACACAAAGAGGAGUAUCAAGAUCGGAUAUUUGAACCGAUCUCAUGGCUCCUUGAGCAAUAUAAGGAGGACAUUGAUGUUUUUCACGUCCCCAAGACUCUGAGCCAGCUCUUGGAGGUCUUUGGUGAAUAUAAGAUCCCUCUACCUAAAGGGAAGUUUCAAGCCAUCUGCAGUGCUCUGCACAACCAGAUCUGUUCUCAAGCUAAGCCGCUUAGCACGGAAAAUCACACAGAGCUGUUCGAUUGUAUAGUUCUGCUAGGCCAGACCAUGAACCUGGGGUCAGCGGAGGAGGAGCUGAGAUGUCUCCGUGAAGCACUAACAGCUCCAGACCCUGAAGUUCUGUUUCAGGCAUCUUCCAAAAUGGCCAGGGUUGUUAGUGAGUACUUUCCUUCAGAACAGGCCACAGACUUUAUUAAGGCCACACUGGAUGUUAUGCUGUCUGCUAGCCCCACCUGUGCCACAGCAGCUGGACUGUGGAUGAAGAUCAUCCUGAAGGAGUGUGGAGAUGCCAUGCUGGACAAGGUGCCAGAUAUCCUGGUUAUAAUAUAUAGCCACAUGCCUACUAUCCAGGAGGGCAGCUUGAGGCAGUUCCUGGUGGAGGCGGUGUCCAUUUUAGCUCACCGUGACCUAGAGACAGUGAUCUCCAGCCUCCUCGGCGAACAUCUGCCGAUGGACAGGUAUAUACCGCUACCUAUUGCAUUCAUCUUGGUUGUUAAUAUUAAUUGUGUUGAGUACCUGGUCACCAUCAACCUUCUUAGUAAAGACUGA